GCGCUCCCACAACACCUUAGGCCACGCCCCCACGAGAGGAUAGUGCUGUGUGCGUCGCUUUCCUUUCCCCCUCCUCCACACCCAAAGAACGCUCGGUACCAGUUGAAGCUCCGCCCCCAUCCGUCAAAUACAGCCAAUCGAGUUUGCUUCUGACACACAGGCCGGCACCUGCAGUUCGCCCCGCCUCUCGCCUCCUUUCUAGUUGCUGUCAGAGCCGCUGUCGGUUGAGGCAGGAAGGUGCGUAAGGCGGAGCAGGCUGAAAUCUGGAUUGGAAGCAAGCUAAGACUGAAAAACAAGCACUGCAUUGACGACUUAGGGAGGCCUUGAAGGACACGCUGUUUUGCUAAGCAACAUUAUUGCAGGUUAUUCAAGGCACAAUGAAGAACCCAGUUAUCUUUUGGAAACAUUAACAGUUUUGUCUUUUGCAAAUCAGCCAUGUUUUCUGGUUUUUUGGUUGAUGUUCAUGAAUGAUUCUUUAUUGCUGCAAUAACAAAAAAAUGCAGGACCAGAAUUUGGUGGAAAUAAAUAGCUGUGUGGAAGUUUCAAGCCAGUCGCUCUUGAAACCUCUGUCGGCAGAGACGUGUGCCAUCCCUCUCUGUGAAAACAGCAGUGGAGCUGAUGUUAACCACUUAAACCAAACGGGAAAUCUUGAUGAAGGCUUGGAACUGGAAAAGGUUCAGAAAACCCUUCCUACCAAGUGUGUUGAUGGAAGAGUUUAUGAAGCGUUGCUGGAGGGUCCUCCUGACACCAGCAUGGGGGAAUCCAGCAGUACUUGGGGGGACUUUGAAGGUUUCAGUGAGGUCAAGUUGGAGAAUUUAAGCACCACCUUGGAGCCUUUGGAGACAUUAAAUGAAAAACAAAUGUAUACAAAUGAAGUGGAUGUCAACGACAAUUGCCCCACUACCUCAUGCAGACACUUAUGUUCCAAAACAACUGGACACAACAGAAGCGAAACGCUUGCUAAUGUUUCGGUGAAGGUAUGUUUUGAUAUGGCUGUCCUCAGCUCUGAAGAUAUUAUUAAGCAGAGCUUUCCAGAAGUUCCUGUACCACAGUUCUUGGAGAAAAUUAGCAGCUUGGAUCAAGUCCUUUACACAAAAACAGAAGAUGCAGAUGUUCCUGAAUGUACAAAGAAACAAAUAUGCACUGGCUCUGGGAACUUAUGGAAAACCCUUACUCACUCCAGUAACCCUUCCAGUUUAAGACGUCCUUGGAGUGAAUCUCAUUACCAAGACAACCUUUUAGCUGUGCUUGGAAUAGAUGCUCAUCGAAAGGCUCUUCCAGAAAUCAAGAAUAUUUUGGAGAAAACUAACAUUCGAGAAAAUGAAGAUUCCAUUGUUGACAAAUUCAACAUAAGCACUUGCAAAGCACUCAUUCAAACCAAGCUUUCUGUAUCUCCUGCUCCAAGACAAAGCCAUCUCUUUUCUUAUAACCUGUUCUUGAAGAAGACCCCAUCUGGUGGAAAUAUGCAAUAUAUAACAGUUCCACAAAAGAAGAGGAUUUUUACUACGCAAAGCCUAAAGAUGAAAAUGUUUAGCAGCAAUGUUUGCUAAUAACCAACAUAGCUCUGUCCUUUUAAUCACUUUUUUAAAAAAAAAACCUUAAAUAUAUUGUAUUACUAAUUUAAGAUAAGUACUUCUGACGGAAAAUAAUAAAACCUUAAUCUGUUUUAAACCUUAAUCUAUAGUGAAGGAUGUGAGUUAACAAGUUGAGUUGGUCAUGACAGUUUGCCAAGAGUUACAGGCAAAUCAUGAAGUUAUGUCUUAUAGUAAACUAGCUAAAAUUAUGCUUUUAUAGAUAGAGGAUGGGCUGUGGUCUGAUAACUCACUCCUGCCAUAAUGAUACAUUUUUGCAGGACUGAAUGGAAUUUUUCAAACCUUUUUAACAGUAUUCCAGAUUAACACGUGUGUUGGUGUGCCUUCCUUCCCCUUCCUUUUUCUGUAUGGUUAACUGAUACUGUACAUGUUGCCCUAACCGUGUUACUAUUGAUCCCUACUCAGUCCUGGGUCUCCAUUAGUAUUUGGCUUGUGAAAUGCCUUUUUUUUUGCUAAUUUGAACAUCUACCGUGAUACAUUAUCGUGUGUGUGUGUUUGAACCGUUCUGCUGGGCAACUCAUCAGAAGAUUGUUAGACAACUGUCUGUUUUGAUCCUUCUCCUUUGGGAGGUAGAGAUAAAUGUCUACUUCAACUUCUAUUCCAAGACAAGAUGUUUGUGGGUGAUCCCAGUGGACCAAAACCAUUGAGUCUCAUUGAUGGAAUAUACUGAUUUGUUGAGUGGGCAUUGAAUAUUGGCAUGGCACAAAUAACCGUUAUCAACUACUUAGAUGCUAUGGCUUCUGCCAAGAAAUGCUUGGUCUUGUAUUCUGGCCUGUGAUAGAAUUCUACAUAAUAGUUCUGCAAAUAGCUUUCUCAGCGCAAAAUUACAAUUCCCAAGGUUCUUUAGGAAAAGGCAUGGCUCUUGAAACUAGCAUAUGCUAAAGCAGUAGUUUUCACACUUCUUGUUGUGAGGGAGCUUUCCAUAUCACCUUGUCUGCUGGAGUAUGUUUUAAAGGCCACACUCACUUCAUGUGGGUCAUGCUAUCGACCUUUUUGACCUGAGUGACCUAGAACAUUCCUAGAACAUAACUCAAGUGGAAUUAAACAUUACACAGGUGGGCUUCUGCUUGUGCAAUGGGACUCUUUUCCACCUUCCUCUCUUCCUCCCUGCAGUCACUAUGCAGCCCCCAAAAAUGUGCUCUGGAGGAUCCCACAACCAGCUCGAACAGAUGUUGGGGGCAUGGAGGGGACUGCAUGGGGAAGCAGAGGAAGGUGGAGUCCUGCUGGGCAAAUGCAAAUCUCUUCUGUGCAUGCAUGGGUGGUAUUGGAUUCCACGCUCAGCGUCUCCUUCACUUCUACAUUGCAGAGAGUGGCUUUGAUGUCACAGGGAAGUAAGUUUGGAAUACCUUUCUGAGGGACUCCAGUGAUCUGGACAUAGCUGCCCUAGAAUGAAGGAGUCUCAAUAUAUUAGGAAGUAUUGCUCAAACUUCAUGAAAUGACCCCCUUCACCUCUCUAAAAUUAAAUUAGAUCUUUUGUGUCCCCGCCUUGAUAUUAUUGCUUCAACAUUCCCCUUGCCUCUCCACACUGCGUCACCCCCUACUAUAUAAUCAACCGCACAGGUCGCACAGUAGGUUAAGAGUAACAGCUUUCUUUCAGCACAGCACUGUCUGUCUCCAACUAAGUUUUUUUUUGGGGGGGGGGAAGGAAAAGAGUGAGUACUGGCUGUUCCUCACUUCUAUCCCUUCCAUUUAAUUAUAACAUGAAUAUUUACUUCUGUUGUACAAUUAACUUCUAUUUAAAUUCUGAAACUGCUUAAAGACCAUGAAAUGUUCUAUUCUAAGGCCUUAUUGUCUACAUCCACUGAUGCUACUGUAUGUGCUGGGGCCUCUGGACUGCCAGAGCAAGUGAAAUCAAGAGUAAAGCUCUUCCUCAGCAUUGCAGUAAAUGCCAGUAUGAACACAGCAUAAUUUACACUUAAGUGGGGUUCUCAUUUCUGGAAUAAAACUCAUCCGGCACUAUUGUCAGUUUAGAAGAAACUGGUUUUUUUCUCAUUUUAAUAGCAAUAUGGCAAAUUCAAUUUCCCCCUGCCUUUGUGUAGUAAUUGCUUAGCACUGAAAUGCAGAGCCUGUGCUGCGAAGUACAGCCAGUUAUGAAGGCAUCCCCCCCCCCAUGUAUGUAGGGCCUGAAACAUUGACAAAGCUUAAAUCUGAGAAAUCACACCUCUUACAGGCCAGCUGAUAAAGAACUAACAAAUCUGCACUGAUACUUUUUUGUAACUCUACCUU